GGGCGCACCGGUGUCAGUUUGCUCUGGAGCUCCUUGUAGCGGUCGGUGGGUCGGUGGCUGCCGGUUGCGCGCACACUGCCUUCUAACAGCAGCAGCAAGGAAUUUUUUGGGGAGUGGAAAUUCCGCUGUUACUUUCACGGCUCGCCUUGUAUUUCUGACAUUUCUGCUGUGACGGUCAGUCAGACGCCGCGGACAGACACAGGCGGAAGAAAAAGACAGAGCUGGACUGAAAUAAGGAGUAAAGAUCAGGAGAGCUGAGAGCAGCGCUCCGAUGAUCCUCGGUGCUGCUUUCUUUUUCUUUCUUUUUUUUACUGAAUUCUGGGUUUGUCUUUUUUGAAAUGAUCCAUUUGGAAGUACGUGUUCGCUCCUUUUUGUGAGGUUUGACAAAGAAUCAGAGGCACACAGCUGCCACUCCUGACGGAUUUUUUCCCCUUUUUUGAUUCUUGUUUCCUACGUUUGGAUUAUUAAUUUUUUGGUUUUGCAGGAGAUGGCAAGUUGUUGCCUGACUGACGCGGGGAUCUGCUGCUGAGCCUCGCAGGAUGCUGGGGACCCUACGACAACCAGAUCUCCUAGUUUGAGACACACAUUAUUUCUCCUUCUCCCUUUUUGGACGUAACAUCCCCCUGGACUGUUUUUUUUAAAUCUUCUUUAAAAUACAGAAUGUCUGUGUUGUACAAUCUAAGGAUGCGUUGUGGAUUGCUAUUGUUCCUUUUCGCCCAAGUCAUCUCGGUUGCUUCGUUGACUCAGACUGACAAAUGCGGGGGGAACAUAGAGAUCCACACCGCGGACUACCUGACCUCCCCGGGCUAUCCCGGCGCGUACCCGCCCUCCCAGCAGUGCGUGUGGGUGAUCACAGCCCCGGAGCCCGGUCAGAAGAUCCUCAUCAACUUCAACCCGCAUUUUGAUCUGGAGGACCGAGACUGCAAGUACGACUACGUUGAGGUGUACAACGGCGGGGACGAGCAGUCACCCAUGUUGGGAAAGUUUUGCGGCAAGAUCGCACCGUCUCCGAUCAUCUCCAGCGGCAGCCAGCUCCUCAUCAAGUUCGUGUCAGACUACGAGACUCACGGGGCCGGGUUCUCCGUCCGCUACGAGGUCUUCAAGACAGGUCCAGAAUGUUCCAGGAACUUCACGGCUCCCAGAGGUGUCAUAAAGACCCCGGGCUUCCCAGAGAAGUACCCCAACAACCUGGACUGCACCUUCAUGAUCUUCGCCCCCAAGAUGUCUGAGAUCGUGGUGGAGUUCGACAGCUUCGACAUGGAGCCUGACACCACGCCGCCGCCGGGCGCCCUCUGCCGAUACGACUGGCUGGAGAUCUGGGAUGGAUUCCCUGCAGUGGGUCCCCACAUUGGCCGGUACUGCGGCCAGACGUCCCCGGGCCGUGUGAUCUCCUACACCGGCAUCCUGUCCAUGACCAUCACCACCGACAACGCCAUUGCCAGGGAGGGCUUCUCCGCCAACUACACCAUCCGAGAGAGGAGCCUCCCCCCGGGACACGAGGACGAGGAAUUCGCUUGUCUGGAGCCGCUGGGAAUGGAGUCAGGAGAAAUUUCCUCCGAGCGGAUCACGGCCUCCUCCCAGUACAACUCCAACUGGUCCCCCGAACGAUCACGUCUCAACUACCAGGAGAACGGCUGGACGCCCUCCGACGACACCGUCAGGGAGUGGAUACAGGUGGAUUUGGGAUUCCUCCGGUUCAUCACGGCCGUCGGGACACAGGGAGCGAUCUCCAAAGAGACGAAGAAGCACUACUACGUCCGCUCUUACAAAGUGGACGUGAGCUCCACCGGAGAGGACUGGGUCACCGUGAAGGAGGGCUCAAAGCAGAAGAUCUUCCAGGGGAACCACAACCCGACGGACGAGGUUCUCGCCUACCUCCCCAAACAGACUCUGGCUCGUUACAUCCGAGUCCGCCCGAUGUCCUGGGAGCAGGGCAUCUGUAUGCGCUUUGAGAUCUACGGCUGCAGAACAUCAGACUAUCCAUGUGCCGGGAUGCUGGGGAUGGUGUCGGGUCAGAUCUCAGACGCUCAGAUCAGCGCCUCGUCGUACGCAGACCGGGGCUGGGUCGCUGAAAACGCUCGACUGCUGACAGGGAGAUCGGGCUGGACCGGGCAGCAGACCAAGCAGCCUUUCAAAAACGAGUGGCUACAGGUGGAUCUGGGUCAGGACAAGAUGGUGAGCGGCGUUGUGAUCCAGGGAGGCAAACACCGCGACAGAAACGUCUUCAUGAAGAGGUUCAGGGUGGGCCACAGCCUGGACGGAGAGGACUGGACCAUCGUGAAGGAGGACAACACCACCAAGCUUAAGAUCUUUACCGGGAACCAGAACCAUGACACCCCUGAGCUGAGGUCAGUGGGUCCCCUCCUGACCCGCUUCAUCAGGAUCUACCCGGAGAGAGCGACAACCGAGGGCCUGGGCCUCCGACUGGAGCUGCUGGGCUGCGAGCUGGACGACAUUACAACGACAGCCCCGCCCACCACGCCCAUCGCCUCCACACUUCCCAUGACCACGUUUGGAGCGACCACCACAGCGCCGACCACCAUCCCUGGAACCACCCUGAGUCCAGAGUGUGAGGAGGGGCAGCCGGACUGUGUGGUGGAGACCGACGCCCCCGAUGACUAUGACACAAUGACGGCAGGAGGAACCACAGCGCCCGACCCCAUCCUGGACUUCAUACCAGCGUACGUCUGGUUCGCCUGCAACUUUGACUUCUCGUCGUUCUGCGGCUGGACCAGAGGGACGGGGACGGGCGCCGAGUGGCUCAUCCAGACCAACGGGGCCUCGACCGUGCACAGAGGGCCCACCCUGGACCACACAGGCGGACCAGGGAACUUCAUCUACAUGCAGCUGGGUGACACAGACAUGCCGAGUAAAACCGGCGGCGACGAGGACGACGAGGACGAAAAGGUGGCGAGCCUGGCCAGCCUGCCCAUCACGGCUCCGGACGCCGACCUGUGCAUGUCCUUCUGGUACCACAUGUUCGGGGAACACGCCGGAGCGCUGCACAUCAAGCAGAGGAGGGAGGCGGAGGCGGGGCAGAUCCUGUGGACGGUCAGCGGGCACCAGGGCAGCAGGUGGAGGGAGGGGAGAGUGUUACUGCCACACUCUAGUGUCUCAUAUCAGGUGGUGGUAGAAGGUGUUGCAGACAGACGGAGUGCGGGACACAUAGCUGUGGACAACAUCCAGAUCCUGGAUGGACUCGGUCCAGAGGAAUGCAAAGAUCCAGAGGCUCCCUCGUCUCCACCGACUGAGAUCUUCAUCCUACCGAUGGAUUCCCUCCCUCUGGAGAACAGCGACCUCGGCGGCCCAGGAAACAUGCUGAAGACCCUAGACCCCAUCCUCAUCACCAUCAUCGCCAUGUCCGCGCUCGGCGUCUUCCUGGGCGCCAUCUGCGGCGUGGUGCUGUACUGCGCCUGCUCACAGGGCAGCAUGACGGACAGGAACUUAUCCGCCCUGGAGAACUAUAACUUUGAGCUGGUGGACGGCGUGAAGCUAAAGAAGGACAAGAUGAACGGACAGACUAACUACUCAGAGGCGUGAGGGCAGUGGGGGGUGGGGGGCGGGACACACGGAGCAGCGACAACUCCGCAUGGACUUGUGAUGCAGCCAAUCAAACGGGAGGGAACGCUGGGCUGAAGCCACCGAUGGGACGGACGUCAGGGUGGGCUGAAAGUGAGCCAAUGUCCAUUUUUUUUCUCAGGAGCGGCAGUGGAAAAGACUGACCUGCAGGGGGCACUGUGUAUAAAGAAUCUGUACAGCAAAAAAAGAAGAAGAAGAAGAAAACUAAGGAUUCUAUUUGUUUUUCGGCGUGCUUUGUUGAUUUCAUGCUGGUGUUGAGACCAAUUCAGAUGAAAGUAUCGUUUGUGAACUUUUACGGAAAGAAAAAAAUCUGUUUAUUUGUUUGUUUUUGUUGUUUCAGAUGUCAUAGUUUCAUAGAGAGGUGGGGGGGGCGGAGUUUGUGAAAAGUCUGAUAUCUGGCUCUUUAGCAAGCCACGUGUUCCCUGUGAGUGUGUGUGUGGAAGUGUGUGCGUGAACAUGUGUGUGUACAGGUGUCACAUCCAUAUACAUCUGCAUUUAGGGUGUGUAUGUAUCACUGAGUCUGGCUGUAGGUGUGUGUGUGUGUGUGUGUGUGUGUGUGUGUGUGUGUGUGUGUGUGUGUGUGUGUGUG